GCACCUUGCAGGUAUAUCAGGGUCAUUCGCUAAAUAAUGCUGCGGUUUUUCCGACUGAAGCUGUGCCACCCUGUAGAGCUGAUUUAAGCGGCCAACUGACCCGACAAAAUGUAUCCAUUAUUAGAUUUGUCUUUGGCACCGAUGAUAAGAGGCUGCGGAGACUUGAUAACCUCCAGGACAAUCAAACCAGAACUGUCGUCCAAUUGCAAUCUUUCCUCGCAAAGUGGUUGAUUUGUGCGGCCGCUUCAGGUGGUACUUCAGCGGGUACCGUCCAGCGCACCCCCUGUAUAUGCAGGUGGUUUGUCCGAUCUUUGCAACACCCGGUAUACGCGAGCGCUGCUCCGACCAUUGGGACGAAUCCGAGAGCCUUGUGCAACAAAGUUAUAUAAAAGAUAACUUUGAAGAACAAACAACGAUUACAAUAAUUUAGUGUGUUUUAUAAUUAGUACGCUCAAGCAUUUAGUACGCAUUUUACGAGGCCCGCGUCACUUCUAGUGUAGUGUAAAUGUGUGAUGUGCUGUGCUCUUCUCCGCUAAAAUGGAUGCCACCCGACUAGUUCUGCUCAUCACCUGCUGCUGUUUCUUCCGCAGGUUGCCGGCCCAUCCAAUGGACUAUGACAGUUCCUCUGAAGAAGACGAAAACCACCCGGCAGCAAUGGAGCAGGCAGGGAAGAAUCUCAACCAGGUGCUGCAGGGCGAUUUCGCCAUCACCAAGGCCAAUUUCGCCUACAACAGCAUCAGCCAGUUGCCCGCCUACGUGUUCUACAAGAACCUCUACCGGAACCUGGACAGUGUGCAACUGGGCCACAACAAAAUCGCCCAUGUGGAUGCGACCGCUUUCAAAGAGCUGCAGCUGUUGCGGACGUUGGAUUUGUCCAGCAACCGCAUUGUGCGUUUGGAGACGAACAGUUUCCGGCACAACUACCGGCUGCAGAAGCUGGAUCUGGCCUUCAACAGCAUCAGUUUCGAUCCGGAGCGGCCUUUUUUGAAGUCGCUGUCCAUCAAAACGCUCGUUUUGUCCCACAACCGGAUCAUUCAUCUGUAUGAUAUCACUUUUGCGCGAAUGCCCAACUUGCAAACUUUGCUGUUGGACGGCAAUCCACUCUACUAUGUGUCCAGGAACUGUUUCGUCUACUCCAGACGAUUACAGUACGUGUCCCUAGCCAAUACCGGGGUGGACCGAUUAAUGGACAGUAUGUUCCGGACAGUGCCCAGACUUGUGGAUCUGGCCAAUACCACGUUGGCCAAGAAGUUUGAGCCUCCAUUGCGGAAGGUCAAGGCCGAGCAGUUGGUCAAGCUGAUGGACUUUGAGAGGAGAAUCUUUGGGGAUGAGGACGAUGUGGAUGACGAUGACACCUGACUUAUGUGAGUGAGUGUGUGCAACAGUGUCAGUUUAGAAGGUUGCCAAAGCUUCUAAAACGACGCCUGGAUGUUUUCUUCCUGUAGAAGAGCCCUACUAUUAGACACUUGUUUGUGUGGAAAAAGUAUUAUUAAUUUUAGGCUUUUGGGUGUGGCAAGUGAUGAAAGACUGACUGAGUGUGACGUUCUCCAUGUACAAACUUUUUAAGUUCACUGUUACCUAAUCAUGUAAAUAAAGCACGAUUUAUCACUGUU